AUGUCCGGGGUUGAAAUCGUCGGCCUCGCCAUUGGCGUGGCUGGCAUCGCAACAGACGUCGCCUUCAGCUUGUCAACAUUCAGCCGCACAGUAAAGAGCGCCAACAAAUCUAUCAACUACCUUCAUCGUGAAGUCUCCGAGGUUGAAACGGUAACGCACCUGAUUAGCACGACACUCGGAGAAGAGAAGCUCGCCAAGGCUGCGUCCGAGAAGCUAAAGGAUGCCAUUAAGUCGGCGCUCGAAUCAUGCAAGGAUGUUCUCAAGGAGAUCAGUAUCGCCAUGAAUCCGGUGAGCAAUAAGAAGGACCCGCCUCCGGCGUAUGCCGCGACAGAGAGGCAGCCGAUGGCGAAGCCGUCAUUCUUUCGUAGGCUCAAGUUUACGCUCAUGGAGGAGGAGAUCAUGAAGAUGAGAGAUAGUCUCAGGUCCUCGAUCGGCAUGAUUGGGCUUCUCGUUCAGCUUUUGCUCUCAGCUGCUCACAUCAAGGAGCAUCCCGGCCAAAGCCUGCCGGUCGAGCGUCUGCAGGGCCUUGCAGCGUAUGGUAAGGCAAAGGAGAAGCCGGAGGAAGAAGAGAAGUCGCCUGUUAAAGAGAAGCCGGUGAAGGAGGAGAAGUCGGCUGAGGGCGACAAAGGCUGGAGAAGUCUCUAG